AUGGGCGAGGAACCGCCGCAGGCACAUGAUGAAUGCCAACAGAAAGAGAAAGAGCCUACACCUCCCUUGCCCCCCGCGCCACAGCCUGAAAAGGAUUCAGGCAUUGUGCCCUCCGUCAAGAGCCCGGAUCCAGACAGCGCCGAUGCCGUCGAUCCAGACAGUGUCGACGUUUUCCAGAUGACGCCGAUCCAAGCCCUCAAGCUGCUGUGUAACUUCGUUGAGACGCUGGUUCGAAUGACGGGCGAUGUACCUCCCACUCCUCCCGUCCGCAGUGGUGGGCAGUCGCCUGCGCCUGGCAUGUCUGGCCUCCGCUACGCUGUAGACCCCGAGCAGGCGAAGGAGAACGCGGGAUUUGGCCCUAGCCCUCCGGCUCAGGUCGACGGCGUAGCUUUUGUCAAGGCACACAUCGGAUCGCCCGAAGCGCACCCACAAGAGCCCACGUCCGUCAUUGGCGCAGACGCCCAACCGGUACACGUCCAGCACGGCAUCAUUGCGAGGAAAUUCUGGUCUAAGCGGCCACCGGGGAUUCCGCUCAUGGAAUAUCUGAUGCGCAUGCACAAGUACUGCGCCAUGUCGACCGCGGUCUACCUCGCUACAGCAUACUACAUCGCACGGCUGGCGGUGCACGACCGCCUUCUACCUGUCACGCCGCGCAAUGUGCACCGCCUCGUCUUGGCAGGCCUGCGCGUGUCGAUGAAGGCGCUGGAGGACAUGUGCUGGCCACACAGCCGCUUUGCCAAAGUCGGCGGUGUCACCGAGUCCGAGCUGGGUCGGCUGGAGGUCACCUUCCUCUUCCUCAUGGCAUUUGAGCUCAAGGUGGACGAGGCGACGCUGGCCCGCGAGGCCGAAAGUCUUGCGCGCGGUGCACGCGGCGCGUCCGACUUGGUGCUCCUGGACGGGCCCAGCGCCAUGGAGCUGACACUGCCAACGGAGCGGCGUCAAUCCAAGGGCGGGGAAAAGAGAAAGGCCAGUAGCGUGCUUCCCAGCCGGCCGGCUAUACAGGUCAACAAUGGAGCGAUGGGCAGUGCGGCGAUCGAGGUCAUGGGUCAGUCCUAG